GAUCUGUGGCUUUGUUUUGUUUACAAUUCCAAAAUCCGAAAUUUAAAUUUAAAAAACUAACUGCCGCACUACCUAUAUAAAAUUAUAAAUUUUACAAUAUUAGCUGCUACAAUACGGUAUAUUUGCCUAUAGUACAUUUGCCGGUGUGUAUAGAUGUGCUUUUUAAAAGACCCAUGAAGAAAGUACGUUUUGAGUCGCCGGUGAAACCAUUUUUAUCAUCAAUGCAGGAAUCCGAGUGCCACUCUCCUAGGCCCUUUAUUCAUAAGCAAGUUAAAUCAGCACCUCAUGUCGAAUAUCUGGACUAUCGACCGGUACCAUUCACACAUGACCCUGUACAGAGGUUCGAGUGUGGUAACUCUUCACCAUAUCCAGUAGUUAGUAGAACGAGUUUGACGGAUACUGCUAAGUUAGAACACAGGUGGGAGCCGUCAAAUGAACUAGACUUGAGUAUUCUUGAUUCUGCGCUUAGUUCACGUACCGUGCAGCAAACAUACCUAACAGAUCAAGGGAAUUAUACGCAACCCAUGUAUUGUCAUUUGAAAUCUAACCCAUUGACUGAGAAAACACAAAAUGUCUUAACUCCUAUGGAAAACAAAACUGUACAUAACCCACCAAAUGUUUUAAGAAAGAAUGAUGACUUUUUCUUAAGAAGAGAUAACUUGAAUGGAUAUAAACAGUUAAGCAGUGAAAUGAAUAAACUACAGUUGGAUAAAGAAAAUGACCCAUUACUCAAAAAAACUCAACUUAUGAUGAUGGGACAUACAAACUUACCAUUAGAGAAUGUAGAAAGCCUGAGCUCCAGUAAAUCUUCCAAUAAUACAAAUAAUAGUCCUUGUAGGUGUCAUCAUUGUAUAAAAGUCUGUAAUGCUCAACAUAUGACUCAGUCGAGGGUUGAAAUUGUAAAAAAUCAAAACAUAAAUAGAAACCGUUACAAUGUGUGUCAUUGUAUAACAAUGCUGUCUCAAAACCACACACAUUGCCCUUGUAAUAUUCCUGCGAUGAAACCUCAGGUUCCAAAUUGCAAUUGCAAUAACACACCUACCAUACCUGCACCCUUAUCUAAGAAUAUAGUAGAUAAAAAGACAUGGGCUAUUCAAAGGUAUGCUCAAAAUAAAAAUGCUGAAUGUUUAGAGAAGCAAACUAACAUCACUGUAGAUGAAAAAGAACCCACAGUUGCUGAUUUGUUUAAAAUAAUAAAAAUGCAAAAUGAACAAUUACAGUUGCUGCAAGAAAAAGUUGACAAAUUUAUAUCUAAUUCAAGCAAUGGACAUAAUUCAAGCCCUGCAGUUCAAAAUUUUAUUACUGAACAGGUAGCUCUUGAAUCGGGCAGAACAGAACAGAAAAUAUCCAUAGGUGUUAUGACAAGUUUUGAAGUUGUUCGAACUUCUACUAUAAUCAACAAAGAAUUUGUCAAACAAAAUGAAGCUCAAGUACAAUGCAAUAGAUCUCAAAUCAGCAUCAAAGAAGUUGUGUCCAAACAACCAGUAAAUUCAAACUUUCUUGAUGGGUUGACUCCAGUAUCAAAACAUGUUGAACUACAACAGCACAGUAAGAGUAAUGGGGCAGUUGGCAAUGGUGAUAUGACUAAUAAUGAUUGUAAUAAUGAAAAGACUUUGAACGAGAUGAGUUUGUAUAAUGUUCAAGUGGAUAAUGCAAUAACUCCAAACAUAUCACCUGACCAAAGCCUCUAUCUAGAUGUUAGGGAUUAUAGCGACUCUGAUGCAAGCAGUGAUGACCAAUCAAAUGUUGGAUGGACUUAUUAUAAUAAAGUUAUGACACAUGUAAAUGGGAUGUUACAAGAAUCUGACAUGCCUUCCUCAGCAAGUGCAUUGUAUAGAAAUGUAAGACAACAAUGUAUGCAGAUGCAGAUUGACAAAUCUAACGUUAGCGUGGCUAAAAGAGUGACAUUCGGAGAUGACCCAUUAGUACAAAAGCCAUAUUAUGUUCAACAAGCCGCAAGUCCCACGACAGACACCAGUCUUAAAAUGAAGCAGCUUGCAGCUAAGUACUUGAAGAAUGGUGCCAUGUCCAACACACCAUCACCUAGACCUGUGGCCAUGCCUGUUGACAUGUCUCUAGCUACAAGAAACUAUAUGGAGAAACACAGGAUAUUUAAAGGAGCUACGCAACCAGGUCAACCUCAACUCGAUUUACCCAAAUUUUUAGAUAUAACUGCGCUCAAACAACAGCCCAAGUUUUUAUAAUGAUUAUGUUAUUUAUUUUAGACAACAUGGAACUGUAAAGAGCCAAGGUAGGAUUGAUUGUAGAUUUUUAUUAUUACUUACGUAUACAUUUUUCUUAAGUAAUUAUUUUUUACUAUUACAUUUUUGACAGUGCAAUUAUGAAUAAGUACAUAGUUGUAGUUUUGGAGGGUUUUAUUAUUCUUAAUUUUAUUUUAUUUGUGAAAGUUUGCCAUACUUUAAAUAAACUGUAAAGUCUGAAGCCACAACGUAGCUUCAGUCUUAGGCUAUCUAUAGAGCGUACUUUGACGCUCAGACUUAAGACACUGUUAAAACGAGACAGCGUUAUACCGCUGGCAUAAACCUGUCUCGUUUUAACUGAAAUUUAAGUCUAAGCAAAGUAAAAGUGCACUCUAUAAAUUUCAACCUUAUUUAUCUGAUAAUAAAGGUCACAGUACACAUAUCAACUCGGAAAGGGAACGUCACCACUAUCAUCUCGAGCCGUCCAGUAUUCUUUGUAUGAAACUCCUUACUGGAACACACACUAAUCGGAAUCGUAUCGUUAUCGCCUCGCCUCGCGACAAGCUCAUGAACCGCGGUGCAGCAUGUGGUCAACUUCCAAUUCCAACGUACGUACCUACAGACGUACUCCUUGCUGCUGCUGAUCCGCUUACAUUAGCUUCAUCAUUACAAUCACAAUUAUUGUGAUUGGCUGAAUUUAUAAUAUUCUUGUUGCAACAAUGCAUUGUAGCCAAUAGUGAGCGAGCAUCAACCAAUCAGAGCUGAUUGUGAUCGUGACAUUGUAGCCGUCAUUUAGCCCAUGGUUGAUGGGAGGCGAUACAGUGACGUUCCCUUUUCGAGUCUAUAUGUGUGCUGUGAGCAUAAAGGUACCAUAAGCGCUUGCAUUUUAUGCCAACCUUAUUUAAUUUGUAAUUACUUACAUAGCUUGUUGACUGUAAGUACUGCUAUUAGUAUUUGUAUUAAGAUAUUUUAAGGUAAUAAAAGAUGUUUAAUAUUGAA